AGAUGAUGCAUGAGACGCGAACACUGGGGACCCUGUCCCUAUCAGAUAACGUAGGGCGGUAUAGAUUUGAUAAAUCGACGAAAGACACGACAAGCAAGACUGAUCGCAAGUGGCUCAGUGCGUUUGUACUAGAUAAGGCGGCACACUUGACCAUCGAC